GAAUAUAUAAGACCAAUUUAUCUAUACAGUUCCUUAAUUGAUUCGGUAUCAGUUCGGUUAAUUUUCUAUGUUUUGCUUCAAAUUUCCUCCUUUACCAAAUAAGCAGAAAAAAAAUUAGCAAUAAGAGUAGUAAUCAUCCUCGCCACCAAUAAACAACUAUAAUCAUCACAAAAGGCUUCUUAAGAACCCUCGACCACUUCUCUUCUCUUCUGAACAUAAAAACCAAAAACACACACAAACUCACAAACUGAAAGAUAAAAGAGUAAAGGGAUAAAUGAGCACAGCAAGAUUCAUCAAGUGUGUGACUGUCGGAGAUGGAGCCGUGGGGAAGACUUGUAUGCUGAUUUCAUAUACCAGCAAUACUUUUCCUACGGAUUAUGUUCCGACAGUUUUCGACAAUUUCAGUGCGAACGUGGUGGUCGAUGGAAGUACGGUCAACCUUGGCCUCUGGGAUACUGCAGGGCAGGAAGAUUAUAACAGGCUUCGGCCUUUGAGUUACAGAGGAGCAGAUGUGUUUUUAUUAGCAUUUUCCCUAAUUAGCAAGGCCAGUUACGAGAAUAUUUACAAAAAGUGGCUGCAGGAGCUGAAACAUUAUGCGCCUAGCAUCCCCAUUGUGCUCGUCGGAACCAAAUUAGACUUGAGGGAUGACAAGCAGUUUUUGAAAGAUCAUCCGGGUGCAGCUUCUAUAACAACUGCUCAGGGAGAAGAACUAAGAAAGAUGAUUGGAGCCGUCAGAUACUUAGAAUGCAGCUCCAAAACCCAACAGAAUGUGAAGGCAGUGUUUGAUACAGCGAUCCGGGUGGCUCUGAGGCCACCAAAGGCAAAGAAGAAGAUAAAGCCACUGAAGACUAAGAGAUCAAGAGCAUGCUUUUUCUUCUAAUAUUUCACAAAUUAAAUAAACACAAAGUUUUUUUUUUUUUUGGUAAUGACAAUGGAUAUUCGUCUUAAACAAUUUCAUGCCAGCAGAGGCAAUUUCAAAUUAAUAAAUAGUGGGUCACCUGAUACAUGUUAAAUAUAUAUAUUUUGGUAUUUUCCAUCACAUACUUUUUAUUCAGUAGUUAUGUUGGUUUGUUU